AAAUGCCGCGAUAUGAUGAUCGUCACGGUGGAUCCCGCCUCUAUGUUGGUCACCUCUCUUCCAGGACGCGGUCUCGUGAUUUGGAGGACAUCUUUGCCAAAUACGGGAGGUUUCUAUGUUUUUGCCCAACCGGAGGGAUGUGGUGGGAGGUUGCCCUUGGUGGAAUCAGUUGAUAUUCUUGCAAAGAGUGGCGAUUCUUUCUAUAGUGUUAUUGUAUAUUUUUUUUGAUGGAAAUGGCAACAAUCCCAAAGUGGUGUUUACUUCAUCUUUGAGGGGCGAGGUAUCAACCCUUUGGUAGUUAUGUCUUGAUGGCCUUACUGUUUCUGGAACCCAUUUACGCAGAGUACGAGAUGUGGAUAUGAAGCGUGACUAUGCAUUUGUGGAAUAUAGUGAUCCUCGAGAUGCUGAUGAUGCCAUAUAUAGGCUAAAUGGUCGGGAAAUUGAUGGGAGUCGCAUCAUUGUGGAGAUUGCCAAGGGGGUGCCACGUGGGCCUGGUGGAUCUCGUGAGUAUUCUGGCCGUGGUCCUGCUCCAGGAACAGGGCGUUGCUUCAAUUGUGGCCUUGAAGGCCACUGGGCUCGUGAUUGCAAGGCUGGAGACUGGAAGAACAAAUGUUAUCGUUGUGGGGAGCGAGGUCAUAUAGAAAGAAAUUGUCCUGACAGUCCCAAAAAGACUAGUGGACGUGGUCGAAGUUAUUCUCGAUCACCAUCUCCUCCACGCCGUGGGAGGAACCGAAGCCGAAGCCGUAGUUAUAGCAGGGGUCGUAGUUACAGCCGAUCCAGAUCACCUGCAAAGAGAGAGCGCAGCAUUGAUCACGAGGAGAGACGAUCUAGGAGUCCCAGGCAGCGCAAAUCUUCCCCACCACCAUCAAAAGGAAGACAUCAUAGCCCCACACCUGAUGAUAGGAGCCCGCGUGAAAGAGGCACACCAUCCCCACGGGACAAUAGACCAGUGAAUGGUUCAGAAUAUGACCGAAGCCCCAAGGAUGGAACUGAAACUGAUGACCGUAGAUAUGAUGAUGAAAAGAACAUGAGCCCUCUUGAAGAAAAUGAACGCAGUCGCAGCAAUAGCCCUAUCCCCAGGGACAAUGAAAGCCCCAUAGAAAAUGAAAAGCGUGGCUCUCCAAGAGGCAGCGAGUCGCCUUAAAUCUAUCCUGCAUUAUAUUUUGUUAUUAUCAUCGUGGCGAGUUUUAGAGUGUUGAACCAAAUAAUUACAUUUUAAUAGCACUCAAACUAGAGUAAUUUUCUUAUCAUCUUUCUAGGACUUGUACUGAUUUGUUGUAAUUUUCAAAUUCGAAUUCCUUGAGCAAUUGCUUUAUAUUUGGUUAUGUUGGCUUUAGAGGUUGCUACUAUAGACUUGAAUGAAAAGGUAUGAGUGUAUGACUUUGUUCUUUA